AUGCCGAUAGACAAUAUCCAAGAAGAUCGCCGCGGACUGUUUCGCGGUGAUGGUGGAGGCGGUUGGAGUAAUAUGGACCAUCUUGCUGAACCGGUCGACGAAGACAAGGAUUCCAGUACGGCCUUGCACAUCACGGGGAAGACCGAAAACGAAGUCCAUGCUGACGGACGACCACGGCGCAGUAGCCACUUCGAGUGA